AUGAGUCGAUUCUUUGCAACUGGUACGGACUCUGAGUCCGAUAGCUCGUCCGAAGAGGAGCAAAUUCAAAGGGCACCAGCUGCAGCAUUUACCUUCAGUGAUGAAGAAGAAGAGACAAAACGCGUGGUUCGAUCUACAAAGGAGAAGAGAUAUGAAGAGAUUACAAAUCUCAUAAAACUCAUUCGUAAUUACAAAAAAAUUAAAGAUAUGAGUAGCAUGUUGUCAAGCUUUGAAGAUCUUAUGCGUGCAUAUCAAAAGGCGCUGCCAGUAAUUGCAAAAGAAGAGAAUGGUCAAACUCCUCGCUUUUAUGUAAGAUGCUUGGUGGAAAUGGAAGAUUUUAUCAGUGAGGUUUGGGAAGAUCGAGACGGUCGCAAAAAUAUGUCAAAAAAUAAUUCCAAGUCACUUACUUCUCUUCGUCAAAAGUUAAGAAAGUAUAAUAAGGAUUUUGAAGAAGAUAUUGCAAAGUUCCGUGAAAAUCCAGAUCAAGGCGAUGAUGAAGAAGAUGAAAAAGUUGCCGAAGAUAGUGAUAAAUCUUCAGAUGAAGAGGAUAGUGCAAUCACUUUCAAAAAAACCAUAGCUGAGUCAAGUAUUCCCGAUGUUUCCAAGACUAAGAAGAGUACAGCAGAUGGUGAAGAUGGCAGUGAAAGUGAUUCCGAUUGGGGAUCUGAUUCCGAUAGCGAUAGUACAACCAGCGAAGAUGAAGGACAGUAUCAAAAUAUUCGUGAGCGAUUCAUUAAAAAAGCAACUGAUAAAGAUGAAGAUGAAGAUAAAACUAAAAAGAAGGAACAACGUAAAGAACGUAAAGAAAAGGAAAGAAAAAAGAAACGUGAUGAGGAUGAUGGGGAAGGCGAAUGGGAAACUGUUAAGGGUGGAGUUGCAAUUCCCUCAGAGAAGCCGAAAAUGUUUGCGAAAGAUGCUGAAAUUAAUAUAGGGGCAGUUUUGAAAAAAUUGUCUGAAGUUAUUGCUGCUCGUGGUAAAAAGCGUACCGACAGGCGGGAGCAAAUUGAACUUCUUCAUGAAUUACAAUCUAUUGCUGAUACUCACAAUCUUGGACCAGCUGUUGCUGUUAAAAUUAAGUUUUCAAUUGUUUCAUCCAUUUUUGACUACAACCCCAAAGUUUCUGAUGCAAUGAAGCCAGAGUAUUGGUCCAAACUACUGGAGCGUAUUAUCGAGAUGCUUGACAUGUUGUUGAGCACUACAGAUAUGAUCAUCGCAGAGACAAUUUUAGAUGAAGCAGAGGAAUACGAAAAAACACCAUACAAAAUACACGGUUGCGUACUCACGUUAGUCGAAAGGUUGGAUGAGGAGUUUACUAAACUUUUGAAGGAGUGUGAUCCACAUAGCAACGAAUAUGUUGAAAGACUAAAAGAUGAAAAACAGGUGGCAACUGUUAUAGAUAAAGUACAAGAAUACCUUGAAAGACAAGGAGUCCCUUCGGAAUUGUGUCGGGUGUAUUUGCGAAAAAUUGAACAUCUCUAUUAUAAAUUUGAUCCAAAUGUCCUGAAGCAGAAAGAAGGAGAACUUGGUUCUGAUGUAAUAACUUCAGUCCAAGUUAUGGAAAAACUUUGUAAAUAUAUUUAUGCCCGGGAUAAUACUGAUCGUCUCAGAACUCGUGCCAUUUUGUCACACAUCUACCACCAUGCUCUGCACGACAACUGGUUCCAGGCGCGAGAUCUCAUACUGAUGUCCCAUUUGCAAGAAACGAUUCAACACUCCGAUCCAGCAACUCAGAUUUUAUACAACCGAACCAUUGCUCAUCUGGGACUCUGCGCGUUUCGCCAUGCGAAUAUUAAGGAUGCCCACAAUUGUCUGGUUGACCUUAUGAUGACAGGGAAAGUUAAGGAGUUACUUGCCCAAGGAUUGUUACCUCAACGACAGCAUGAACGCAGCAAGGAGCAGGAGAAAAUAGAGAAACAGCGUCAGAUGCCAUUCCACAUGCAUAUAAAUCUGGAAUUGUUGGAAUGCGUAUACCUUGUUUCUGCAAUGCUUAUCGAAAUUCCUUACAUGGCUGCGCACGAAUUCGAUGCUCGUCGGAGAAUGAUAUCAAAAACAUUUUAUCAACAACUUCGCUCCAGUGAACGCCAAUCUCUUGUUGGACCACCAGAGUCUAUGCGAGAACACGUCGUAGCCGCAGCGAAAUCCAUGCGGAAUGGGAAUUGGCAAUUGUGUAACAAUUACAUUAUCAACGAGAAGAUGAAUGCUAAAGUAUGGGACUUGUUUUACCAAUCAGACAAAGUGCGAGCAAUGCUAACGAGACUCAUAAAGGAGGAGGCUUUGAGGACGUAUUUGUUCACUUAUUCGCACGUUUACGACUCGAUAUCCAUGCCCACUUUGGCAGACAUGUUCCAGUUGAAACGGGCUGUCGUACAUUCCAUCAUUAGCAAAAUGAUCAUCAACGAGGAACUAAUGGCCUCUCUCGAUGAUCCUACCGAGACGGUUGUAAUGCAUCGCAGUGAACCAAGCCGACUUCAAUCAUUGGCUUUACAGCUCACCGAUAAGGUGAAUAACUUCGUCGAUUCCAAUGAGCGCAUCUUCGAAAUGAAACAAGGCAACUUCUUCUCCAGAGGAAAUCAAGGAAACUUCCGCGAUCGCCAGAACUACAAUCGGCAAGGACAGGACUGGGGACGUCAAAGGCGCGAUCGUGACCGUAAUCGCGACGAUAAUCGUAAUUAUUAAAUUAUUCAUUAAAAAGCGGUAUGCCCCAAAAUCUGAAACAAGCUACAUGAAUAAUUCCGUUUUCGCCCUCGGGUGCGUCCAAUGUGCAGUUACGUGGCAUGAAUAAUUUGAAUCGAUCAUUAAAAGGGUGUAUUAUGUAACGCAAUCAGAAUUUGUAACAGUAAAUAAUGAUAUCUGAUGAAAUUGA